AUGGUACAACUAGAUCUGAGUCCAAGUAAUCACUUUCAAGGUUCAUCAAUGGUACAACUAGGUCUGAGUCCAAGUAAUUACUUUCAGGGUUCAUCAAUGGUACAACUAGGUCUGAGUCCAAGUAAUUACUUUCAGGGUUCAUCAAUGGUACAACUAGGUCUGAGUCCAAGUAAUUACUUUCAGGGUUCAUCAAUGGUACAACUAGGUCUGAGUCCAAUUAAUUACUUUCAGGGUUCAUCAACAGUACAACUAAAUCUGAAUUCAAGUAAUCACUUUCAGGUUUCAUCAAUGGUACAACAAAGUCUGAGUCCAAUUAAUCACUUUCAGGUUUCAUCAAUGGUACAACAAGGUCUGAGUCCAAUUAAUCACUUACAGGGUUCAUCAAUGGUACAACUAGGUCUGAGUCCAAGUAAUUACUUUCAGGGUUCAUCAAUGGUACAACUAGGUCUAAGUCCAAGUAAUUCAUUUCAAGUCUGA